AUGAUUGCAUCUUCCUACACACUCGCCGCCACCGUAAUGUCUAUCGUAGUGGUUGUUGUGGGAAUGCCUCUGGGCCGUCGAAAUUCAAUCCUGCUCGGCGCGGUGUUGAUAUUCUUCGGUGGUAUCAUUCAGGCGGCGUCAUACUCGGUAGCUCAGAUUAUCGUUGCUCGGGUCAUUUGUGGUUUCGGUAUCGCUCUUAUCACUUGCAAUGUCCCUAUGUAUAUGUCUGAGAUGAGUAUCCAUGCCAAUGAGCGCGGCCCUGAAGUAGCGAUCAACUGCUCUUCGCUCCUCGCAGGUGUCGCUUUAUCUUACUGGGUGAAUUUUGGAUUCACUCGAAUGUCAAAUCAGCUAUCCUGGCGAUUGCCUAUUGCCAUCCAAUCCAUCUUCGCUUUCCUCUCCGCAUCUGGCAUGUUCUUCUGUCCUGACACACCAAGAUGGUAUAAUGCGAAAGGGCGAAAUGCUGAAGGCGAUAUCACAUUGGCAAGACUAUACAAUGUCUAUCACACUGGCACUAGCACUCAACCCGAGAACGCUGCAAUGGAGCUUGUCAAAGCUGAAAUCAUGCAGAACAUCCAGGUUGAAGCGGAACAAGAGAACCGCCUCAGCUGGCUAAGCCUUGUUUGGGAUAACACCCCACUCCGUGUUGGUCGUCGGAUACGAAUUUCGUUUAUCAUCCUGUCCAUUCAGCAGAUGAUGGGAAUCAAUAUCAUGGUUUACUAUAUGCCCCUCAUAUUUUCAAAGGUCGGCCUUUCAAGCUUCGUGUCAUCGCUCAUUUCUGCAGCGGCAUUGACAGUGCAAUUCACUGGCUCACUGUUCACUAUUCCUACAAUUGAGAGGAUUGGCCGGCGUCGAAUAAUGCUUGUUUCCGCUGCCAUUCAAACCUGCUGUAUGUUCGCUUUUGUGGUUCUGAAUGGUCUGCCUAGUAAGACGGAGAAGACCCAAUGGGCAGCCGCUGUUAUGAUGUUCCCAUAUCUGUUCAUGUACGGCUGGGGUUGGGUUACUUGUCCAUGGUUAUAUGGACCCGAGAUUGCUCCACUCAAGUAUCGCCACAUCGGAGCCGCAGUUGGUCUGUUCGGUGAAUGGCUGUUCAGUUUUGUGACCGUGAUUGCGGGCGGAAUCGGACUUGAGACAUCAGGCUGGACGAUAUGGAUCUGGCCACUUGUUUUCAACGUGCUGGGUUUUAUCUUCGUCUAUUUCAUGUGUCCUGAUUCGACCGGGAGAACCCUAGAUGAAAUCGACGCUUUAUUUGUAAAGGACAUCAACUUAACAGACAGGCUAUCUGACGAGAAGCUAUCGAUGCACCAAAUCGAGAACACCGCUUGA